CUUUAAAACUCGGAGAUGUUAGCGCCAUUGAUUCUUCUGCUUUCGUCGGCAGGCUUUACUCACUCAGCUCUUCACAAGACUGUGUAUGCUGGUGGAUAUAAGCUCAGUUAUUGGGCGGGAGGGGAGGAUUAUGCUAGCUGGUGUAAAUCGAGGGAGUUAUGCACGGCACAUGACAGUUUCUUGGCAAUGCCAAAGACGGCAACACUAGAGACAGCAAUUGAAGAGAUUGUGCCAACAAACGGAUAUACUUGGAUUGGUGCAACAGACGCGGUUGCAGAAGAUUAUUACAGAUGGAGUGAUGGAACUGCAGUCGACGAUUAUUAUACAGAUUGGCAACCUGGUCAACCAGACCAAUUUACAAAUUAUGAAGAUUGUCUUGAAAUUCGAUAUUACUCGUCUUUGGCCUGGAAUGACCGUGCAUGCGAAAGUAGGAACGGACAUGUCUGCCAGCAAUCUCAAUCUAAAGAAGUGGCUUCCCAAAACAGUGUGCUGACAUUCAGCGACGCCUCCGGAAAUCUAGACUCACGAGCAACAUUCUUGGAAGCUCGGAAAGCCUGCGAAAAUAACGGAAUGCGAUUGGCACGUGUGGAUGAGAAGAAGGAAUAUGAAACACUGAAACAAAAACUACGAGGAAACCCUGAGGUCAAAUAUUGGAUCGAGACGGAAUUUGCUGAUUGUGUGUACAUGAGCUACAUAAACAGUUUGAAGGCAUCGGAUUGCAUGGACUUGAAGCUGCCUUUCAUAUGUGAAGAAAUUUCUCCAUGGGCCGUAACGUUAUCCAGCGAAUCAGCAGAACUUCAAGAAGAAGAAAAUCUCAAAAUCGACUGCACCGCCAAAGGGUUCCCUCUUCCCGUUGUCAGUUGGUAUAAGGAUGAAGAAUUACUCACGAAUGACAGCAAUGAACGUGUACAUCAAUCUAUUGAAUCGGCAAGUUCUACUCUCGUGAUUAACAAUUCUCAUCUCACUGACGCGGGAAGAUAUCGAUGCUUCGCCACCAACGCAGCGAUCAACUUUGAGCUGAACGUUUUGGCUUUUGUGGAUUUGAAAGUGAAUCCCAAAGGAGUUGAAUUUCAAAAAGUUGAGGAGAAGACUCCUGAUUUCUUUGCCGAGGUUCAAAAACUGAAGGAAAAAUAGAAACAAACUUCAGAAGUUUAAAAUGGACCAGCUCAGCGGUGGCCGCAAUUUUAUCCUGAUAAAUUCGAAACGUUGGAUUGAUUGACUAAUUUUAAAUUAUUUGCUCAGUGGUGGUUUGAAAAAUUGCCGAACUUGAUGUAUUUAUUUAAUUGGGUAUUUCUUUAAUAUAAAUAAAUAUAUAUAUAUUUAUAUAUCAAUA